AUGUCCGGAAUUCUGCUGUUUGGGGGAUUGGCCAACGCUUUUUCGCUGCACUUCUUCCUAAACCAGCGCCCAGCUACCAUCACUAGUGUUAUAUUCAGGAUGAUAAGCUCCGUAUUACCAGUCCUGAUAACAUACUGUACCAACAAAUCAGAUGUGGUAUUCCGCUACCCCUUCCUCUGUUCCACCUGGGCCUUCCUCAACAACCUCACCACACUUCUUUCCAUGUUCCUGGUGGCAGUCCUCUCCACUUCCCGCUCCCUCACUCUCCUCAGACCCACGUGUGAGGUAACCCCACGUGUUGUGACACUCCUGUCGCUAGGAUACGCGCUGGUUUUGGUGGUUGGGAUUUGUUCAGUUCCACUUUGGUACCCUCAUAUAAACUACACGUUUAACAAGAAUUAUGGGUAUUGUAGCAUGAGGGUAGGCGAGGAGGUUAACAUGGAUCUCUACUUCAAGCUUAUCUCCCUCUUUCUCUUCAUCCCGGUAAUCCCAGUGUGUGGCAGUUGUGUUAUCUCCUCUUAUCAGAUCAGGAGAUCAGUGGCAGUUACUCAAAACAAUCACGUGAUCACGUCCCUGAAGCUACAUGCUAAACUGACAAUACUGGUGGUAACCGUUAUCUACAUCAUCUUCAACAUGCCUCUGUUCGUGUUUCUGUCUAUCAGCUACCACAACGAGGGAGUUGUUUCGAAGAUGUUGUCUCCGAGUCAACAGAAUCUGUUGAGAGUGCUGUUGGAUAUUGUUUGUGUUGGACUCAACGCAGCCGUUAAUCCGGUGGUUUAUUUCUGUACUAUGAAUAAUUUUAGAACUGCUUUGAGGAGGAGUAUCUGUUCAUAG